CCUCCUCGUGAUCCUCAAGACCUCCCACUCUGAGUGUUGCGUUAAACCUCGACAGUCCCAACGAUAUUUAGAGACACCCAUGUAGGAGCAGGAGUAGGAGUAGGAACAGGAAGAGAGAGCGAGAGCGGCUCAAAAUCAAUGCUUGAGGCGAUUUAGAAAGAUUAAUACUAAACGAGCAAAGAGGUGGUUUGUUAUAAAUACAGCAAGGAAGGAAGGAAGGAAGGAAGGAAGGGCCGAGUUGAAUCUGAGAGAGGGGAGAGAUGGGGAACUGUGGGAGGAACGGUGCCGUGAGGCAGUACACAAGGUCCAAGGUUCCUCGUCUCAGAUGGACUCCUGACCUCCAUCUCUGCUUCGUCAACGCCAUACAGAGGCUUGGGGGCCAAGACAAGGCCACUCCCAAGCUUGUGCUUCAGCUCAUGGAUGUUAGAGGCUUGACCAUAUCCCACGUCAAGAGUCAUCUCCAGAUGUAUCGAAGCUUGAGGAAUGACUUGGGCAGGCAAGAGUUACAAGUGAGAAAGAACUACACAUGCCAUGACAAUGAUGGAGGUGGUGACGAGGAAGAUGAUGGUGGCGGUGGUGGUUCUUCCUCCUGCCCCUGGCCAAGGCACACUAAGCAAUUCUCUCAGCCCUUGUACUACAGCCGUAGCACCCUCCCUUCUCUGAAAAGGACAAGGAUGGAAACGCAAACAAGCUUCAAAAGCCUGGCUGGUGCAGCCACCUCCCUCCGAUGCUUUGAUCAUCGCAUGCCAGCCUUGGGGAUGGAGAAGAAAAUCAAAGAGGAAAGGAUCAGUUGGCAGAAAGAUGGUCCUAACUUGGCAUUCGAUCGCCCCCUCACCAAGCUCACUCCUCCUGCUGGAGCACCCAGAGUGGAAGAAUCUAUCCAUUUUAAGAGCAACGUGGCGAAUGACAAGGGUGGUGGAUGGGGGUUGUAUAAAUGCCCAUUGAUCCACAGCAAGGCUUUGGAGAGCGAAGAGGCUGGCCGAUUCUCGCUGUCCCUCUCAUUAUCUUCCUACUCUACUCAAAGUAAUGAGGCGAGCAAAGGAAGUUUGGGGUUUUGUUCUUCCUCCUCGGCAGGUAGAAACGUCAGUGACUGUUCCGGCGGCAGCCAUAGAGUUAAUUUGGAUCUCUCCAUGUCCAUCUGUGGUUCGUGAGUUUCAUUCCGGCCAGCUAUUUGUUGUUUGUGCUAUUGUGAUAGUUAAUUCGUUCGUCGAGUGAAUGGAUAUGAAGCUUCUGAGUACAUGUAUACUCUAUGAAGCUUAGAGCUCUUGGGGACGCGACACAGUGGAACUGAUGAGCAAGAGAUGAGGCACUAAAUUGCUCGUCUAUUAUUGUAUAAUAGCUACAUAUUUGAGGAUUGUUUGUGGGUUAAUUAACUUGAGGUUUUAUGUACCUUAUUUUUUUGUGCAUGUCGCUAUCUUGUUGCUAACAAUGAAAUGGUUGGCACCGAAUUUAUCAAGAAAAUUGUCACAUGUUCAUACGUGCAUGUGGGUUCCAUCCUCAAUUUGCAUGAGGCAAUAUGAAAUAGAAGUCAAGGCGGCAUUAGAGAAGUAAUGGUGAUGCCCCCCUUUGAUUCGACAUUUAUUAAUCUUCCAUCAUUGGAGAUUCUUUGAUUUGUCCUUCUCUCGUAGGUUGCAAUCAA